UGUUAAUCUAGAUUUGAGUUAGUUGAGUAUAGUGAGUAGUCAUUAGUUUUCUUUGUUUGUAAAGAGAAACUAUAAACCCUAAACCCUAACAAUCUAACAUUAAUCAUUAAAUCAUUACAAUUAUUUUGCUCAAAGUGGAGAGAUUAAAAGGAUAUUAGAGCUUUUUUUAGGUUCAUCCUCCCUCACUUUCUCUACUCCAUCUACAUUAGAGCGUACUCUCAAUCCUCCAUUGAAGCGCCUUGUGACUUGUGAGCUUUCUCUCCUCCAUUGAAGCAGCUUCUCUUCUGAGGUAUGGCAGAGGUAGAAGAAUUGGGGGUUCAAAACCCAGAAAUUAAUGUAAUUAAAGUUGCAGGAAAAAAAUCAGUUAAAGAUGAGGAGAGAGAGAGGAGGAAGAAAGAGAAGAGGAGGAAGAGAUUGUUGAAGGAAACUGAGAAGGCUGAUAGAAGGGGAGUGUGUUAUUUGAGCAGGAUUCCUCCAAAAAUGGACCCUUUAAAACUCCGUCAAAUUCUCUCCGCUUAUGGUGAAAUUCAACGCAUUUAUUUGGCUCCCGAAAAUCCUGAAGCUCAAAUGCGACGAAAACGGUCUGGAGGUUUUCGUGGGCUAGAAUUUUCUGAAGGGUGGGUAGAAUUUGCAGACAAGCACGUUGCAAAAAAGGUUGCAAAUAUGUUAAAUGGUGAACAAAUGGGAGGGAAAAAGAGAUCACAAUUCUUCUAUGAUAUUUGGAACAUCAAGUAUUUAAGCAAGUUUAAGUGGGAUGAUCUUACUGAAGAGACUACAUACAAUAAUGCCAUUCGAGAGCAGAAGUUGCGUAUGGAAAUCUCUGCUGGAAAUAAAGAACGUGACUUUUAUCUAAAUAAAGUGGAUCAGUCUCGUGCUUUGAGUGAGAUAGAAAAGCGUAUGGUCAAGAAGCGGAAACUCCAAAAUAGUCUGGACUCAGAAGGCCCAAAGGAGCAGCAAAAGCCCAAAGUAAUACGCCCGUUCCCCCAGAAGAAACCUCUUGCAGACACUGCUUUCAAAAAGAGGCCUACACUCUCUAAAGCUGUAAUGGCUGAGAUCUUUAACUCAGGUAAUGAUGAAUCCUGAGUAUUAUAACAGCCUUUGUGAUGCAAGGUGAAGUCUGCCUUGUUUGGGAACGAAUGUUCCGUCGUUUACUGUAACAUUUGUCAGCCAUACCACCUGGAUCUUCAUUGUAUAUCAGAGGGUAUACAUGGAAGGAGAAAGAGAUGAAUCUUCAUAUUAUUCCAGGUCCAAAGUUUUGAAUAGUGUAGUUUCUUCAUUUUAUUUUAUUCUAUUUAUUUUGCCUUUUUUUAAUUUGUCAGUGUAGCCGCUUACCACUGUAAUUUAUAUGGAUGAGACGUGGGUGCCUGAUGGUAGUUCUUUAGGGCAGCUCACUCUUCACUGAACAAUUCACAUCAAUUUUACUGCAUCAGAAGAUAGAUGUUUUUUGACACUACAUUUGUAUUGCUUUCUUUAGACGUCAUUUACAUAAUUACAUAGUAUGUGCAAGAAAGAAGGCUAAUGCAAUUGACUUA